AUGAAACAAUUCGAAAUCGUGUUAAGCCAAAAUCCGCCCCUAACCAGAGAGAGAGAGAGUGCUAUUUCAAUUUUCAAUGGCGAUACAGACCGCCUCGAGUUCAAAUUUGAAGCAAUUGAAAUCACAGUUAUACUAAUCCACACUUGCAAGCAAUGUGCCAUUUCCUUGUCUAAUGGGGAUGUUCAGAAAGCAAAUCCAGCUUUAGCUCUUACCUUAAUGGCUGCACUACGGAAUUUCCCUGAAGGAUUGAGCAAUGAUAGCACGCGAGAAAUUUCAGUAGAGAAAAAGGGAUUACCUUAG